AUUAAGGAUGAUGGUUUUCCAUAUUUCUACUCCCUCUUGCCGACUGUUUCAGAGAACAAGUUUUGCCGUGCGGACAGUGCAGAAAUUAUGGAAUUUAAAUUUGCAUUUAAAGACAGCUGGCCUUUGUGCCUUGUCUGGUCCUGGUUCUUUGUGUAAAUCGGAACAACUGUAUACUGUUUCAACUGAAAAGCCUCCUCAUGUGCCUGUCAUGCUCAAAGAGGUGCUUCACUACUUGGACAUCCAACCAGGUCAAGUGGUCCUGGACAUGACAUUUGGUGGUGGUGGUCAUACCAAAGCAAUACUCAAAGCAGUUUCUGACGCUACAGUCCUGGCCUUAGACCGGGAUCCCACAGCAAUUUCCCUGGCCCAGGAGUUAGCAAAGGAAAACCCUGACCGUGUAAAACCAUUACUUGGACUAUUCAGCGAGCUUGAAGCCCUGCUCGCUGGCAUCAACGUUAAAGCCGGCAGUAUUGAUGCUGUCCUAUUGGAUGCUGGCUGUUCUUCCAUGCAGAUGGAUCAUGCAGAAAGAGGCUUCUCGCUCAGCAAGGAUGGGCCCUUGGACAUGAGAAUGGAUGGAGAGAGGUUCUCCGACAUGCCCUGUGCUGCUGACGUGGUGAAUACCUUAGAUCAACUGGCUCUUGCGUCUAUCCUCAGUGCUUAUGGUGAGGAGCGACAUGCCAGGAAAAUAGCUUCAGCCAUUGUGGAGUCACGCCGUGUCAACCCCAUCACCCGGACACAGCAGCUUGCAAGUGUGGUAGCAGGAUCUUUUCCUGCAGCUGCUAUCUAUGCUCGAAAGGACAGACUGCACCGACCUGCGCAUGUGGCCACGAAAACCUUUCAGGCUCUGCGUAUCUUUGUGAAUGAUGAGUUGAACGAACUUCACGCUGGUCUGCGCACUGCCCGGACAGCACUGAAAUCUGGAGGACGUCUCUGCGUCAUCACGUUUCACUCACUAGAAGACCGACUGGUUAAGCGCUUCCUUCAGGGUGAUGAUUUGCCUAAUUUAGAACAAUAUCACUUUGGCCUGGGGAGGCAAGGCGCAGGAAGAGAAAAGUCAGUCGAGACAAAAAAGGAUAGAGCAAGUGUGUACUGGCAUCCUUUGCAAAAAAAGGUGAUCACCCCAGAAAAGGCUGAUAUUAAAGAGAAUGCUCGAGCACGCUCUGCAAAACUUAGGGUAGCGCUCAGGUGUUAAUCUUUUUUUUUAACCUUUCCUUCUUAUUCAACCAGUUAAAUGUUCAAGUUUUACUGUCUAGAAUACAUCAAUUAUAAUAAGGCUAUUUUAAUAUUAGUGAUUUAUUUCUACAAUACAUUUUUGUUGAAAGUCUGAUCAUCAAAAGCUAGACGAUGUACAGUGCCCUGAAAAAGUAUUGCCCCCUUCUCAAAUUCUUAUAUUUAUAUUUAUAUUAGUGUUCAAAGUUUCCAGGCCCUGUGUGAAGAGGAAAUGUCCCCUAAACCUAAUAACUGUUUGAACCAUCCUCAGUAGCAAUAACUGAAAUCAAGUGAUUUCUAUAACUGGCAAUGCAUCUUUCACAUCUCUGUGGAUAGAGUUUGGCCCACUCUUCCUUGCAGAAUUGUUUGAAUUUAGCAAAAUUGGUGGGUUUUCUAGCAUGAACGGCCUUCUUAAGGUCAUGCCACUGCAUUUCAAUCUGACUCAAGUCUGGACUUUGACGAGGCUGCUCCAAAACCCUCAUUUUGUCUUUUAAGCCAUUUUAUAGUUGACUUUCUGGUGUGUUUUGGAUCGUUACCCUGCUGCAGAACCCAAGUGCGCUUUAGCUUGACAUCAUAAACAGAUGAUUGAACAUUCUCCUUCAGGAUUUUCUGUUAAAGAGCGGAAUUCAUAGUUCCAUCAAGCACAGCAAGUUGUCCAGGUCCUGAGGGAGAAAAGCAGCCAAAGAACAUCAAAAUAGCACCAUCACGUUUUGACUGUUAGUAUAAUGUUCUUGUUCUGAAUUGCUGUGCUACAUAUACCUUCCAAAAAGCUCAACUUUUAUCUCGUCAGUAUAUAGAAUAUUCUCCCAAAAGUCGUGGGAAUCAUUCAGAUGUUUUGUUUUUCGAAAGUAAGAUGAGCCUUUGUUCUUUUUGGUCAGCAGUGGUUUUCGCCUGAGAACUCUGCCAUAGAUGCCAUUUUUUCAUGUUGUGUCAUGAACACGAACACUGACCUUUACUGAGGCAAGGGAGGCCUGCAGUUCUUUAGUAGUAGUCCUGAGUUCCUUUGUGGCCUCCUGAAUGAGUAAUUGCUGUUCUCUUGGGGAUAUCUUUGUAGGCUGGCCACUCCUGGGAAGGUUCACCACUGUUCCAUGUUUUCUCAAUGUGUGGAUAAUGGCUCUACCUAUGGUUCGCUGGAAUCCUAAAGCUUUAGACAUGGCUUUUGUAUCCCCUUCCAGACUGAUAGAUGCCAAUUACUUUAUUUCUCAACUGUUCUGGAAUUUGUUUGGAUUGUGUCAUUUUGUUGCAGCUUAUUUCAAUCUUUUGUCUGACUUGAUUUUGUCGGGACAGAUUCUGUUUAAGCGAUUACUUGAUUGAACAGGUCUGGAGGUAAUCAGGCUUGGGUGUCCAUCCAUCCAUCCAUUUUCUGAGCCGCUUCUCCUCAUUAGGGUCGCGGGCGUGCAGGAACCUAUCCCAGCUGUCAUCGGGCAGGAGGCGGGGUACACCCUGAACUGGUUGCCAGCCAAUCGCAGGGCACAUAGAAACAAACAACCAUUCGCACUCACAGUCAUGCCUACGGGCAAUUUAGAGUCUCCAAUUAAUGCAUGUUUUUGGGAUGUGGGAGGAAACCGGAGU